AUGUUGUAUGUCACCGGGGUGUGUACACAAGGCAGCACUGGGUGUCAGCACAAGACAGCACGGUGUGUAAGCACAAGACAUAACGGGGUGUCAGCACAAGACAGCACGGGGUGUCAGCACAAGACAGCACAGUGUGUCAGCACAAGACAGCACGGGGUGUCAGCACAAGACAGCACAGUGUGUCAGCACAAGACAGCACGGGGUGUCAGCACAAGACAGCACGGAGUGUCAGCACAAGACAGCACGGAGUGUCAGCACAAGGCAGCACGGGGUGUCAGCACAAGACAGCACGGGGUGUCAGCACAAGACAGCACAGUGUGUCAGCACAAGACAGCACGGGGUGUCAGCACAAGACAGCACGGAGUGUCAGCACAAGGCAGCACGGAGUGUCAGCACAAGACAGCACGGGGUGUCAGCACAAGACAGCACGAAGUGUGA